GAACAAGGGAGCAUGCCUUUGAACUACACCUCCCACAAACCCCUGUACGUAGUAUGACGCGCCGGAAACUGAUGUUGGUCAGGGGGGGGGCUCCAUUUUAAAGUUAGCAUCGUGUUUGCGUUCAUGAUAACUUCAUAAUGAAUCCCCUGACCAAGGUGAAACUGAUCAAUGAGCUGAAUGAGAGAGAGGCCUCAUUGGGGGUGAAGGAAAAUGUGUCAUGGCACUCUGAGUAUAAGGAUAGCGCCUGGAUUUUCAUCGGUGGGUUUCCAUAUGAGCUGACGGAAGGUGACAUCGUCUGUGUCUUCUCUCAGUAUGGAGAGAUGGCCAACAUCAACCUAGUGCGUGAUAAGAAGACGGGUAAAUCCAAAGGCUUCUGCUUCAUCUGCUACGAGGACCAGAGGAGCACCAUCCUGGCUGUGGAUAACUUAAAUGGGAUCAAGAUAAAGGGGCGGACCAUCCGAGUGGACCAUGUGCUGAACUACCGCCCUCCCAAAGACAAUGAGGACAUGGAUGAUAUCACCAAGCGCCUGAGGGAGGAGGGCUGUGCCCCCAAACUACCUGACCCUUCAUCCUCCGAGUCCGAAGAAGAGCAGUACGCCGUACCCGCGAAGAAGCCCAAGAAAGACAAGAAAGAGAAGAAGAAAAAGGCUCUGAAGGAGGAUAGGAAGCAGAGGGAGAGGCUAGCCCAGACUCACUCUGUGUCUCCCCCUAGGCCUGCCCUGGCAGUGAGGGUGAAGCAGGAGGAGGAGGACCUGGGCUAUGACAAGUAUAGCCAGCGGGGAGCGCCAGAGGAGUGGCUGGGGGCCAGGGAAGAGAGACCAGGGCCUGGGGCAGGGCCACAGAACACACACAGGCAGGUGGACAGAGGGUUCCGAAAUCACCAUGGGGAAGGAGAGAGAGAGAGGCCCAGGGAGGAUGAGAAGAGGAGAGAUGGAGGACUGCAGUUGGAGAGCAAGAGGACAGGCAGGAAGGAGAGAGAACCAAGACAGGGAUAGAGAGAGAGAAAGAGGGAGGGACAAUGAGAGGAACAGAGCGAGGGACUGGGACAGGGAGAAAGACAGGAACAGAGAGAGGGAAAGAGACAGGUCAAGUAAGCACAAAGAACACAGUCGGGAGAGAGACCAAAGGAGAAAGUAACAUUAGUGCCUUGAUUGUAGUCAAGACAACUGGACUGAGUGAAAUCUUAUUCUUUCCUUCACUAUAGAAAGUCAGCAGGAACUGGGACCAUGGAACUAAUAUGAUUGGUUGUUUUGUUAGUAUUUGUCAUAUCAAGCCUGUUGAUUCCAUAUUCUCUGUUAUGUGGAGACUGAGCCAAACAGUGGAUGAGGACUUGAGUCAUGAGAACAUGGCCUGUUUCCACAACAGCAGCAAAGUUAAAGCGGAACUGGAUUUCAAAUGAAAUUUUACCCUCAAACGGCUUAACAAUGCUUAAUCAGACAAUGAUUUACUGUUGUAAAUAAAAUGGUGUUUUUUUUUUUUUUUUACAAAGAUGUUGUUUCCAACAAGAUGCCUUAUAAAUAACAUUUUAUUUUUAAAUUGGAUUUCAAGUCAUACAGAGACACAUGGUAAUAUGGGUAACGCAAGAUAGGAACUUCCUCUUGGCUCCAAAAAUAGGUGAUUUUGGGUGAAAAGAGACUGUCCAGAGCAUGACACAAUUUGUAAUUCAGUGAAGAACCAAAGGCAAACAAGAUACUUUGGGGGAAAAAAGGAAUAAUUCAGACCAAAGAAAGAUUGUAUUUACAUGAUCACUAGCUCAUACCUGCUCAACAGGAUUUUAACUGCAAUUCAUCUGUAUCGCUGAAUGAUGUUUAAAACACAACAUAGUUAAAUCAUCUAAGACAGAACAAAGCAUAGAUACAGAAAUACUGUAUAUAUAUAUAUCAAGAAUAAAUUAACAUUUUGUCAAAACAUAAAAGGGAAAAAGAGGUAAAGCACAUCCUGCCAUUGAGGAAAUGUUUUAAUUCCACCAAGAGGUUAAGUGUGUGAAGGAACCUGUCGAUAGUUGGCAUGUGAAACACCGUAAAUGUCAUCAGUUCUAUUAAUCUCAUCACACCGGGGCUCCAAUGAAAAAACCCAACUGGGGUAUAGAGAUAUUAGAGAACGAGAAGUUAACCCAUAUCCUCUUCCAGUGGGGGGCCAGGCAGACAAGCCACACUCGAAUAACUGGGAUUUUGGUCGCCCCGUUGUCUGGCUGCAUGGAUAGAUCGUCAGUGCUAUACUAUGUUAGUUACCUAGGUGAUGUAUUCAACCUUUUUUCAAAGAGAGGCGAGGAAAACGUGUGUGUCCCAAAGAAAAUACUUGUUAGGGACCCAAUUGAAAUUAAGUGAAGAAAUUGCACCCAUACAGCUGUUAUAGAAACAUCCCAGGAUAGGAUUCGGCUAAACUUGGGAAAAAAUAAGUAUUGGGUCUGGCUGUACAAAAUAUGUCUUGUACAUUCAUAGUACACAUGACGUCAUAGACAUGGGUUGUAUUUCCCGAGGUACAUAAAGAAUGUGUGUACUUUUCUGGUUUGUAGAAUGAUUCUAGGUGAUUUACAGCUGGAUGGGAAUGUGUUUCUGUUCAAUGUUCUGACACGUCAUACGGAACAAAACAUUGUGCAAGUGGACAACACUUAAGCAGAUGAAGAGUUAUAGUUAGACAUGUUUUUUCUAGCCUACAUAAUGACAGCCAAGGUCAGGGAUCAUCAACUACAUUCAGCCACGGGACCAUUUUUGUUUUCGUGGAUGGACAGGGGCCCAGAAUUUUUUUAAAUUGAACCUUUAUUUAACUAGGCAAGUCAGUUAAGAACAAAUUCUUAUUCUACAAUGACGGCCUACCGGGGAACAGUGUGUUAACUGUCUUGAUCAUGGGCAGAAAGACAGAUGAUUUAUUUUUUACCUCGCCCAACGCUCUAACCACUAGGCUACUUGCCGCCCCAAAACAUAACUGCAGAAAUCUGGACCUAAAGAUGUUUUCAGUGGAAACAAAUGCACCAUGAAAUCUAAUUUUGUGGACACUGACUCUUAGUUUUCAUUGAUUUGAUCUCACAUUGCCCCAUAAACAAUUAAUUAAUGAAAUCCACACAGUUCUCUCUGGCUCAUGAUAACUGAUGCAGCAUUAAAGGCUUCAAGCCCAUGUUACAAAAAGGUGAGCGUCACAGUUUUCAUUUUUUGUAGAUAUUACAGAUCAGCCAUAGCAGAGCUGUCCUGCCCAAAGGAGAGUGUGUUGGCAGAAUUGUCUGUCCACUCAGUGGGUAAGGCAGGGACACUGACCACUAGAAUAAAAUAGGAUAGCAGGUAGUUACAACAGCUCUGAAAAUAACCUCAAAACCUAUGUACAACAGUUUGAGUAACCGUGGACACAAACACAUCUCAGAUCAACACAACCGAACACAGAAUCUCCUAUCAGCUUUUAGAAAAUAUAUGGUCAUCCAACAUUUACAUAUUACAAAUACUUAUAAGACGGGGCAGAGGUGAUCAGCAGAGGGUGAUUUGGGGUAUACUGCAGUGUCUCUGGGAGCAGGAGGGGACUCUGUUGGGUUACAGACAUGUCUGUGAUCAAUGUCAUCAGAGGUACUUUAUGAAAAGGUGGGUUUUUGGUUGCUUGGUUACUAUGACGCCGGGUGAAGGCGAGGUACAUGGCUGGAGUACUAUGGAAUUCCCAUUUCUACCCACAAUGCCAUGGGACUUUGCCCCAAAGUCCACAAAAACCGAGAGUCCGUUGAAGACACUGAGGGUGGGUCUGAGUGAGUCUAACUUCGUCAUCCUCACAGACGCCUUCCCAACUUGGGAGUGCUAGUUAGGUUACGUACAAAAGUAAGGCUGUGGUGGGUUGACUGACCAGAGGGGAAGAGUCAAAACUACCCCCAUAUUACAGUAUGUCAAUCAGAGCGUAGAAGAACCGAAGAAAAACCAGGUUCUGCAGAACAAACGGUUUCACGAGACAUACAGAGGAACAAAUAAGAAAACGCGUGCCUCUGCCAUGCUGCUCAUCUCUGUUGGUGAGGAGUGGCUGCAGAGAAACAAAAACACAAUCAUAACAGUAGUGGUACUGGCUCGCACACUACAAAUAUGAUUUCUGUGUCAAAA